GGAACCUGUAGCCCCACCCAAAAGGCGGAGAAAAGGGAGUUGCAAACCUGCUGUCCUUUAUCUUCACAAUGUUCCUCUUCUAAUGAGAUAGUUUAGCUCUAGUUUUUAAAAUUGUCGAUCAUGAGUGCUGAGAACACGCCCACCACUCCUCCUAGCGACCCAAAGGUAGAAUUGGAGGCAGAUAAUGAAGAGGACGAGUUUGAGGAUGCACCGUCGACUUUUCAAAGGAACGAUGCUGUUACUGAGAUUACUCAUGAAGCCGGUAUGGAGACGAUCACAAAAGUUCUUAACAUGAUGUUGAAUAAUCAGUACUUUGAAGCAGAGGCCAUUCUGAAACCAUGGGCUGAUGUUAGUCCCUAUCAUUGUGUGGGCUAUGGUACUAUAGUAUUCUGUCAAGCCAUGAUGAGUUUUGAACCAGAGACUAUAGAGCUUGCUUCUUCCAUUUUGCAAGAUGCCGUAGCUCUACUUAACACUAUACGCAAGAAGCAAGGUGUAAUGGAGUCGUUGUCAGGAAUGGUCUUUGGUCAGAAGAUGGACUCCUACACGACGGCUGAACUUCACGCCGAGAUAUUUUAUGCUGAAUGCAACAUGCUGCAAUCACUGUUAACAUUCUUUCAGGACGAGAGCCUCAUGAGUUUCAUUAAAGGUGGUCUCAAAAUCAGACAGUGCUACUCAAUGUACAAGAACUUCUAUUCAUGGGUGGAGUCCAGUAAGCUGGAGGGCGUGGUCUUGGAUCCGGAAUUUAUUGCCGGAGUCCAGCUAGGGAUAGGCUGCUUUAAUCUGAUCAUCUCUCUCCUUCCCCAAAGGAUUCUUAAACUUUUAGAGUUUGUUGGUUUUUCCGGUAACCAGCUGCUCGGCCUACAGGAGCUAACUAAUGGAGCUCGGUCUCAAACCAUUCACUCCUCAAUGUGCACCUCAUUCAUACUGUUCUAUCACACUGUCGCAUCCGUAAUGUUAGGUCUGGCUAGUACGGAGGUUGAUCACGCUGAUGGUUUGCUACAGCUCCAAAUGGAAAGACACCCAAACUGUCUUCUUUAUUUAUAUUUCAAGGGCAGGAUAGCACUGCUUAGAGGGAAUGUCGAUGAGGCCAUCACCUGGUUCAAUAAAGCAAUGGCUGCCCAGGACCAGUGGAAGAAAGUUCACCAUCUUUGCUACUGGGAACUGAAGUGGUGCUAUGUGUUUAAAGGUCAGUAUGCUAAAGCCUCUCAUUACGCAGACAUAUUAUACAGAGAGAGCCGGUGGUCUAAAUCAACUUUCUUAUAUCAAAAAGCUGCUUUUCAGUUGAUGCUUAGACACAAGAGCUACCUGCCGGAGCAGGUGGACACUAGCAUUACCAUGGCAACCGACUCUCAAUGGGAAGAAAUUAUGAGGGAGAUUCCAACUCAUAAACAGAGGAUUGCUGGUAAAUCUAUUCCUGUCGAGAAAUUUGUCAUAGCUAAAGCUGAGAGAUCACUUGAAGGAGCUAGACUACCUUUAUGUGGACUGGAAAUGGUUUAUGCUUGGAACGGCUUCCAACUCCUUUCAAAGAACAAGCAACUCCUGGAGAGUGUCCUUAGGAUAGUGUGGGAUGAACUGAUGACUCUGGAAGAGCUAAAGGAUUCCAACAAGCAUUAUAUUGAUGACUGGUCCAUAGUGACUUUGAUCCAGGGCGUCUGUUUCAAAGGCUUAGAGAGAUUUGAUGAAGCCCAGCAGUGCUUUGAAGCCGUCAUUAACAGAUCUGGCGAGCUUCAAGUUGACCAUUACACGGCGCCAGCUGCUCAAAUGGAGCUAGGCCUCCUUCACCUAGAGAAAGGCGAUCUCCUCAAAGCCGAGAAAACUCUAGAAACAGCAAAAACUGCUUAUAAAGGCUAUCACUUGGAGAGUAGGAUCCAUUUUCGUAUACAUGCAGGACUUUGUAGAAUUUCGCAUCAAAAAACUUAGCUUUAAAUUAUUUAAUACAUUAUUAUUAUUAUUAUUAUUAUUAUUAUUAUUACUAUUAUUAUUAUGUAUACAUGGUAGUCUAGCUUAUAAUUAUUAAAUAAUUAUAAAUAAUAGUGUCUCAUGUAGUGUUUUAUCUCUAGUGUGUUACCACAAGCUAAUUUUUAAACUUCCUUUUUAAAAAUCAGAUAAAAAUAAAAA